CUCCAAGAGCAGCAGGGAGGAGGAGCCGGAGCCGCCACAAGCGUGCUGCUGCUGGCGAGGAGCGGGAUACCGCCACACCGCCCCGGCGCUGCGGGACCAGCCCUGACAGAGCUGCACGGCGAGCGGCCCCUUCCCUGGCAUCCCGCCAUUACACGGGGAAGUCCUCUGCCCCGCUGCAUCGCCACCGCUGCGGCUGGAGGCGGCAGGAGGCGUUUGUAACAAUGGUGAAGGAGGAUACAGUAAAAGACAAUGAAGAUUUUGAGCCAUCAGUAUAUGAGAGAAAUGGCAUGAUUCCCUUGCAUGAGCAAAGUGAGGAGGGACCAGCAGUAGAUGCCAAAGGUACUGCUGGGAAUAUACAAACAGAAGAAACUGCUCUCUUGAAUCACUGUGCUGAGCAACCUCUGGAACCAAAGUCAGGGUCUUCAAUACCUGCAAGAACAUGGAGCCAAAUAUUUACAUGUCCUCCUCAAGGUUUACUGUCCCAAACAGUGACAAAUGUUGCAAUCGUGGUCCUGGUUUGGGCUGUGGUUUGGUCCAUCACUGGGGCCGAGUGUCUCCCAGGUGGCAAUCUAUUUGGAAUUCUGUUUCUUUAUUUUUUUGCUGUUAUCGGAGGGAAAAUUUUUGGAUUCAUCAAAAUACAAACUCUACCCCCUCUCCCUGCUCUUCUGGGGAUGCUACUUGCUGGUUUCCUGAUCCGAAAUACAUGGUUCAUUAGUGACAUCGUCCAGAUAAAUCUGCACUGGUCGGCAGCGCUGAGGAAUAUUGCUCUUUCAAUUAUCUUGACCCGAGCAGGACUCGGCCUAGAUCCAAAGGCUCUUAAGAAGCUCAAAGCAGUCUGUUUACGGCUUUCCUUUGGACCAUGCAUCUCAGAAACAUGCACAGCUGCUGUUUUUGCCUACUUGCUCAUGCAUUUGCCAUGGCAGUGGGGAUUUAUUUUAGGUUUUGUUCUAGGUGCAGUCUCCCCUGCUGUGGUGGUUCCCUCAAUGCUGAUUUUACAAGCUGGGGGAUAUGGGGUGGAAAAAGGUGUCCCAACUUUGCUAAUGGCAGCUGGCAGCAUUGAUGACAUUCUGGCUAUCACAGGCUUCAACACUUGCCUUGGAAUGGCUUUCUCUUCUGGUUCUACUCUGUACAAUGUUCUCCGUGGGGUACUGGAGGUUGCUGUUGGCAUAGCAGCUGGGGGGAUUCUGGGAAUGUUUGUUCGAUACUUCCCAAGCCACGAUCAGGUGUUUCUGGCGUGGAAGAGAUCGUAUUUUGUACUUGGGCUGUCCAUGUUUGCUGUUUUUGGCAGCAUCUACUUUGGCUUCCCUGGAUCAGGAGGGCUCUGCACAUUAGUCUUAGCUUUUGUUGCAGGUGUUGGAUGGUCUGAGGAAAAGAAAGAAGUUGAAAAAAUUGUUGCUGUUGCAUGGAAUAUCUUUCAACCUUUUCUUUUUGGUUUAAUUGGUGCAGAAGUAUCUGUUACAUCUCUUAGGCCUGAAACUGUUGGACUCUGUGUUGCUACAUUGGCCAUUGCCCUCGUUGUGCGAAUCAUAGCAACGUUCCUGAUGGUGUGUUUUGCUGGGUUUAAUUUCAAGGAGAAAAUAUUUAUCUCAUUGGCAUGGAUUCCCAAGGCCACUGUCCAGGCUGCAAUAGGCUCUCUCGCCUUGGAUACAGCAAGAAGUCACCAGGAUGAGCAACUGGAAAAGUAUGGAAUGGAUGUACUGACAGUAGCUUUCUUGGCUAUCUUAAUCACUGCUCCAAUUGGAGCUCUGGUUAUUGGUUUGGCAGGGCCCAGACUUUUACAGAAGGCUCAGACAAAUAGCAAGGAGGAUGAGGAAGGUGCUGUGGUUGGAGAAGAAGCAGAGGCCUGUGAGCCUUCGUAGGAUGGACAUCUACAGGAAUAUGGCCCUUCAGCCCUUACGCUUCGGUUGAGUAAACACAGGAUGUCUGUAACCUUUCUGGAGGAAACCAAACCAAGUAUCAGUUAUGUCUGCUAUUUUGAAAGCAGCCCUGGCAGAGUUUUAUGAAGUACUUUUAUGUGUUGAUGGUACCCUAAGAGAUAAAAUAGCUGAACAUACAGUGAAUGGGCUGGCCAGGCAGUGAGUCACUGAGAAGUUAGCAGUCAACAAGUUACUUGAAAUAGGUGGGUGUGAGGCCAGGAAGAGCAUCAGAAUUGUUCAGGCAUGGAGCUGGAGUUACGAGGUGGAAUAUGAACAGGAGAAAUUGGAGAUCAAUGUGAAUAACUUCUUGAUGGUUGAAACCGGGCCGUGAGAUAUCAAGUUCAACUGCUCAAAGAAUGGAACUUGAAUGAGAGACUGCUGGCAUACAGUGAAUGAAUCCUGCCAUGGGUUGGUGGUUCCCUCUUCUUCCUCAUUCAGAUUCCAAAACUUGCCUUCUCCUAUUGCUGUUCUUCAGCUCAUGUACUCCUUUGUGCCUUCAAAGGACUGUCAGCUCUGGUCAUAGUAAGAAACAGCAAGUGGUACUUAUGUGCUGAAAGAGACAGUUGGGUCCCUCAUGGGCUGUUGUAAUGAAGGUGUUGCUGGUGCUAGUAGAAAACAGGACUGAGCUUGAAAAUGGCAUGAGGGUUGUGGGGAGUCUGUAAGGACUGGGAGAGAGUUGUAUGGGAUUGAGAUGGCUGCUUCUUCACCUACGUUCCUCAGUCUUCACACAACAUGAUGUCAAGGGAGGGAAAGCCAGCUCUUCAGCCACUGAAAGUGUCUAUGUUCUGGUACUGGCCACUGUAGGACAGAGGGAAGAGUUCUUCUCAGGUGGGGUUAGCUGACAGGGCAAGGCCAAGAUGGCAAUGAGUUGUCACUUUCUUCCUCAGUUCCUUUUAUGGAAUUUAGUGAUAGCAGCAGACCUCAAAUCAAGAUUACUAGGUCAGCUGGGAUCUCCUAUUUCUUUGUCCUAAAUGAAUACUCAUCUGGCUGAGAAAAUGCCAUGAUCCGGCCCCUCUCACAUCUGCUUUUGGACAAUUACAGCAAAGAAAACCAAGUAUUUGCUAGAAAUACAGCCAGUGGUGCUCGCAUUUCCAAGAGGCGGUUUGCUGGAUUGAUUGUGGAGAGUAGAGGCCUCUAAGACUUCCCAGGGUAUUUUUUACCUAAGACUGAUGCAGAAAACUGAUACACUUUAAAUGGCCUUAAAAAUGCAGUGUUGAGAGGAAUGGGUCAAAGUGAAAGGAACUUCAUUCUCACCUACCUUCAGAAAGGCUGAUGUGUGAAGGCAGGUGUCAUGGGGAAGCUGUAUUAACACCACAGUGCUAGCACUCCCAGCAUACUCCCAGCUCCUAUGGGUCUUUCAGAAAAACAAGUUUCUCUGUGAGGCUGUGGAUCACAGUAAUGACUGACAACAAUCAUGUUAAGUAUCUUGCCAAAACAUUUCACCAGGGGGAGCAAAAAGCUCAAAUACGGUAUUCUUCAGUGUAUUUAAUACAGAUGUCUCCUGCAGACUCAGCUGCAAUACAGUACACAUCUGAUUUUCCCAUUCUCAGAAUAAUUUCUUUUCUCCUUGACUGUUCUAAAGCCAGAAGUAAACCUCCUCUGUUGAUUGAAAUCCUGCUCAUGCUCUUAACUGUGAUAGUGGUUAGGGUUUUGUAUUGACAGGUACCAGCAGAUCUUUCUCACUCUAUGUUUUGUACAAGUAACUAGCUCCAAGUAGGUCAUUCCCACCUCCAUUCUCAGGCAUAGAAUCAGCACAGCAUCGCUCAGACACUGCAGGUUUGCAUGGAAUCACAGAAUAGUUUGUAUUUGAAAGGACCUCAAAGAUCAUCUAGUUCCAACCCCCUGGGGUUUUUUUAGCAAGAAUGCUAGAUAGUGCCUGUAUUCAAGGUGCCUCCAUGCAGAUAUCUGCACUACAGCCAGAGCUGAACUGAACUCAUUUUACAGGCUACUGUGCAGAAUAUAUUUGAUGUGUCUAGAUCAUUUUGGCAUUAGUAAGAAAGAAUUAAUUCUGUUUUAGCUUUUAUAAUUUUAAUAUGCAACACAAAAACAUUCUUUCAAAAGAAAACUACCUAAAACUAUUAUUUGCAGAGUGCUCAUGUAUGCCUCUGUAUACAGAUUAACUGCACCUCAGCAAGUGUGGCUUGGUAUAUGCCUUCGCCUCCAAGCCAAAAAGAAAGCCUCCUGAGAACUAUUUUAUCACUGUGCAAUUCCAGCACAAUGAUAAAACCAGGAAAUUCUUUGAGAAGUUCUCACCAAACAGUUGUCAAGAACAUUGACAUUUUUUCACCAUAUAUGCUGCUGUUCUCUCUGCUUCCUUGGGGAAUGUACAAUCUUCAGUUCAGUUCAUGUUUGUCCCCCUGAUCAGAAAAGAAGAUGCUUUCAAACUAUGCAUUGAUGAGCGGUUAGGGUGCUGUGCUGGGUGGUUAUUUUAUCAGCCACUGACUUCUGUGCCUGCUCUGCCUACUUUGCAUGGCUAACAGAGGUGCCCUGUUUCUUAAACAGGGGUAGUUUAAAUAGGAGUUUAUUUUCUUUGAAAUCAUGGCUGUAAACCUAACUGAUGAGGGAAUAUGGUGUUCAGUUCAUCAGUGACUGUGUAUAAAAUUAUUUUACUUCAGUAGAACUUAUAGGAGUAAAAGCUUUGUAUAGUUCACUUUUCCAUAAAAUUUCAUAAAAAGGGAUCACUAUGCCAAAUUUGGAGUCUGUUCAAUAGCACGAGUAUGAUGUGUAAGGAUUACAGCCCUUUAAAUUUAAACACACCUUUACCAUGCAAGCAAACCUCUGACAGAUGAUAGCCUCUAAUACUUGCUCACCAUCAUAACAGCAUCUCAUAAACUGGAUUUAUCGUGCUUCCUUCACCUCACCGCACUCUCAAUUUAUUCAUUAGCUCACUCCCACCAUUCCGAGUGCUUGAAUAGCUAUACCAAUGAAAAGUGAUCAUCUCUAAUCUAAACAAAAUUGAAUCAAUUCUCAUUGCCUUGCCAUUGUGUGUGGAUGUUUCUCACAAGACUCCUUUCCCCCAGCUUUUAUUAAAUCUUCAGAAAGAAUCAGAAUCAGGUUGAAGCUAUUACCCAGACCUGCAGAUCUAAAAUGAAAAGCAUUAAUGCUUUGUAACGCUCCCCUCCUUACCUUCCAGAAAGGAAUAAAACACCUGCAUCUUGUCACGAAAAGAAAUGAUCCUGAGAUGGGUUUUUUAAAUAACUGUGAUGACAAUUUCAGCUGGUUUUAAACAGCAGCUACCUUAGAGACAUACAAUUUCACUUGCUAUCAGACAUUGUGUGGGUGAAGUCAUGACAUUUAACACCCUUUCCUUUUUAACAAAAUGCCACAAAAUAAUUCAUGAAUAAUGCAUGAAUUCAAGCCAGUAGAAUCUUUAUGCCAUGCCAGUCUCUUAUUUGCAGGAAAUAAAAUUAGAGUAUAAUGUGUAAUAAACUAUAACCAGAGCAGUCCCACUGUCACACAGACAUAAUCACUGACAUAAUGUGGGAGAGCACUGAGCACAGGGUGUGUGCAGUUCCAGGAGAUUUACAAGAACCCCUGCAGCAGAAGGGUCUGAUGGCACAUUGCAUUCCUGGCAGCCAGCAGCGGGCAGUUACACCACACAGCAUAUGGGACAAAACAGAAAUUGGCCAUCUACAAGCAGGGAGUCUCACAAGCUGGGGAUGCAGUGAUAAUGUAAUUAUCAUCACUACUUUCUCUUCUUCAGCCAAACUGGUGUUUAAGGGAAUUUAGACUGAAAUCUAAACUUAACUGUGAAACACUUAUGGUGCAAUACAGCCACAAAAGAAUGAAUGAUACAGUUUCUGCAUUUUGGUUUUUAAAUAAAGGGAGUGCAAGAGAUCAAA